AUCAAGUUACAUAUCUUGGAUUUGUAUGAGACCGAGUACGAUGAGGGUUUCAAGAAAAACAUCAAGAAUCUUGGAGGUUCGCAAGUUGUUCCUGUGAGUGAGUCUCAACGGCCACAACAAGAUGAAGAUAAGAAGAGGAAGAAUAAGCCCUCCAAGACAGAAUCUGAGAGAGAUGUUUGGAAAAGGAACAAACGUUUUGAAUCAUCAAAAUUAAUGAAUGAUUCUUUGAAAAGUUUGAAGAAUGUUGAAGUUAUCACAGCCCCUCCUGAUGAGCAAUCUAUAGCUGUUGGAAGAUCCGCGGAACUGUAUUUUGCGUCUUCAUCGAUGCUUUCUGGAGGAACUUCGAGAGAUCUAAGUUGUUGUUCUUUAAAAAAGAGAAAGUAUGGUGACAUGGAAGAAGAAGAAUCAACUUAUCUAAGUAAUUCGGAUGAUGGAUCGGAUGAUGGGAAGACACGAGUUACUGCGACAACAAGAAAGACUGUGGCUAAGAAAAAACGAAGCACAGAAGUCCAUAAGUUAUCUGAAAGAAAGCGAAGAAAUGAGAUCAGCAAGAAAUUGUGUGAAUUGCAGGAUCUACUACCUAACUGCUACAAGGAUGACAAGGUAUCAUUGCUGGAUGAGGCUAUCAAAUAAAUGAGGACCCUUCAACUUCAAGUUCAGAUGAUGAGUAUGGGAAAUGGAAUAAUACCAUCUACGAGUACGAUGUUGGCAAUGGGUCAUUACUCUCCCACGGGUCUACGAAUGCAUAUGGGCGAAGCAGCAACAACAACAUCAGUACCACAAUUUUUGCCUAUGAACCUUCAAGGAACCGGUUUUUCCCGGAUCAACGAGGCCUCAUCACAAAUGCUAAGCAACUUUCUUAAUCACCACACAGGACUAAUCCCAAACUCUCCCAUCUUUUCUCCACUGGAAAGUUGCUCUCACCAAUUCGUCGUGCCUUCAUGUUUUCCUGGGACUCAUUCUACUUCCUUCACUCCAUUUUCAAAGUCUGCGCCGACAUCAAACUUAGAAGAUGCAAUGCAAUUCAAAGGAAGCAAUGGUUAUUAAUUAAUUAUCGGUCGACGCUCGCUAAACAUAAAACAUUUGUAGAUAAGUUGAUUAUGUAUUGGGGCUUGGUGUGUAUCAACAUCAGUUCUGGGUUCGAUUUCUCCUAUAAACUAAAUUAUCAUCA